GCCGGCGAGGGCCCCGAGAUCGGACCGCGGGCGCCGGCGCGGCCGGCGGGCCAGCCCCAGCAGGCCAUGGGCAGGUGUGCGGCGGCGAGCGCGUUCGCCGCGAGCAGCGCGGAGGAGCAGGCCGUCCAGGGGGAGCUGGCCGACCAGGCGCACGCCCGCAGCGAGGGGCGGAGGCUGCGCGCCCAGGCGGAGGCGGCGGUCCGGCGCGCAGCGUACGGCUUCGGCCCGCACCCGGGCGCGCCGGACGGCCUUCACGGGGAGGAAAAAUCACAAGGCCACCAGGACCCGAUCACCUGGCGUUUGCGAAACAGCCCUGCCCUGUUCGAUGCCUUCUGUGGGUGCGUUUGCUAA